AUGGAUGUGGCGGCCUGUGUCUCACAGGGCGAUUCAGCGCCUGGUAAUAGGCUCAUUAACUCUGUUAUGAUCUCUUCUAGUAGCUGUGCAAAUGGCCAAAACGAAGACGCACUAGAUCGCGAGGAAUUCGACGAAAGCGACGACAACUUCGGCGAGGAUGCACUACCCAGAGAUCGGGAGAGUCUGGAGCAUGAACUGGCGCGAUUAGACGAAGUAGAACGCCGGCUACAGCUCGAGACAGCGACCGAUUUCGUGCUAAGUUGUGAACUGCUACGGGCCACGCUUCGGGAGCAUGUGGCCAAGGCCCAUGCGGCCUUAAAACGGCGGCACACGGCGGCUCAAAGAGUCUGUGAGUACGCGGACAAGAAGGCCCGAGAGACGUACGCCCGCCGCUGCGCCGAGCUCCAGAGAGAGAUGAGUGCCGAUAUUGACAGGGAGCUACGCAGACUGCAGACGGCCAAGGACGGCGUGAGCGUGACCAGUCGCCGUCGCCGGGCCGUGCGGGACGAAACCCGCGGAGGCUUCUCCACGCCGGCCAAGAAUUCGGCCAACGGCAUGAGGAGGCGACGCACCAAUGACGGAGACGUCGACGGACCGGAAGACGUGUUCUUGGCCUCGGCCUCGCCCGAGGAGAGAGCGCACAGGGUUCAGUUCCAGGAGAAAAAGCGGCUAGAGCGACUGCUGGGCCGCGCGUCCGUCUUCAAGCCAGCCAACAAGCAGGUGACACCCAAAGAGAUUGCUGAAGACCUGGAGGCGAUUCGAAGUGCUGUCCCCUGCAAUGUGGAGGCUCCAGUGGCCAAGCCUGCUAAGAAACACAAGAGGCACCAGUCUAAGAAGCCAAAGCGACGGAGACCCAUGAUCAUCACUCCGCGGAGGAUACCACACGCAUCAGGGCCGAACUUACCUGCAUCUGCGACACCAUCACGCAGUACGGCAGCGAAGAACCGACGGCCCAGAUUGCACUUAAACCCGCGCAUGUUACAGGAGGGACAGGAAGUGGAGGUGUUCAAACGCCAGCGGACAGAAUCAGUGGCUGGAAAUGACGAAAGAAGUCAGGAUGAGUGUGUGAUGUCGGGCAUUAUCACGGCCGCCACGGCCACGCAGGUAUACGUGCUCACAGCCAGCAGCCGCUUCGAAUCGUUCGAUAUCCGCGACUGCGUUGACGGCUCCUACUACGUGCGGGCACGGGAGAGCCCGACAUAA